AAAUACAUAUAUACAUAUAUACAUAUAUACAAAUAGCUCAGUGCAAUGAAAUUUGUACAGUUGAGUGUAGGUUUACUGCUGCUAUCGCUGGCAUGGGCGGAAGAGGCCGAAGAGCGUCAGGAGGAACUGCAUUUCGGUUUUCGGACAGAGAAUGGCUAUCAUCGGUCAGAGGAUAUUACCUACAAAGUCAAAGUGAAUCCGGAUCAGCAGCUAACGGAACAGCCAGAGAGCGAGUCUACUCCCAAAUCUGUUGAGUAUCGCGGUGGCUACAGCUUUAUAUCGGCCGAUGGCUAUGAGUAUCAGGUGUUAUAUAAAGCGAACAAAAAUGGAUUUCAGCCCUACGUAACAGCGCACAAGGUGAAAUCGGGGAAGGAUAAAGCCUAGAGAUCUAAUAUGUGCAUAUACAAAUGU